CAAUUGAAAUUAAGUAACAGAUUUUCGUUGGUAAAGGUUUUUCCCUGGGGGAAGGGGAAACUGUGUCUCCGGAAGGCGGGGAAUGCAAUUCCUUUCGAAGUUGAAACUUUCGCCCAGCCACUUGAGCGAAGGAGGAGCUGCUGCCCAUCAGCAGCAGAAUGCAGAAACGCAGAGCUCAGAAUGCAGAGUGCAGAAAUUUGCAUAAGUUUAUUAAGAGUCCAGACCUGGGCCCUGAGCCACUCGAGAGUGCAGCCAGCUGGCCAGGAACAGAGGGCGGACAAGUCGCCGGACAUACGCACUUCAAGUAGCCCGAAAUCGGCAAGACAAGAACUGCAACAGCAGCAGGGCUUUGCAAAUUGUCUUCUGUUUUCCUACGUGUACAACCGCAAUGAGGACAACCACUUCGGGGCAGCUGUUUUUGGCUUGUUGAGCCUUCGUCAUCGCCUUCAGCUGCAGCUGGCGGAGCGGCCAACGUUGCGUAUGCGUAUUAUCAGGAGUCGACAAUAAAUUAUGUGUCAAU